UAACUACUCACCCUAGCAGGGUUUAAGAGAGAUCAAAUGCAUUAUUGUUUAAUUUCAAAAUGCUUUAUGACCUCAAAAAUGUGGCCGAAUAUAAAAAAAAUAUUCCAGGUUAUUUUUGACUGAAAUUUUUCUCUCCCGUCUCUGUGAAGCAAGCUUCCUACAAUCAUAGUGUUCUUUUUCUUAGUAAAAAAUUAAUAACCUAUGAGGUUAUACUAUGUAUCAGUAAAGUCGGGAAUUUAAACCACUGAGCUAGGCAUGAUUUAUGAAAGUGCCUUAUUGUUCAUUUUCAUCCUGACACAGUUCUUGUAACCUCAGAUUGUAAUGCCAUCUGUGACCACAGCUACUUGAUAUGUUAUUUCAUUAUAUAGUGGUUUCCAAACCCAAUGGUUAUUGAGUGAAAUAGUUUAAUAACACUUUAUGUUUUGUUUUCUUUUUGCGUUCUAGACACAGCCAGUUAUUACGUCGUUAUCACAGUUAAAGUUCUGUAUAUUCAUAAACAAUUCAAUCACACCAGUUUCUUAAUUUUUCGUACUGUUAUCGAUAUCUGUCCCUUGUGAGCGCUCCACUUUACUGCCCGCGAAUAUCUCAUUUUUCUCAUUUUCUGGUGAAUCAGCUUUUGGAACCACAGCAGUAAACAAACAUACAUCAAUGGCAUUUGUCGAAAUAGAUCUUUUAUAUGCCAACACUGAUCAAUAUUUGAUACAUUACCUAAAUAUUUAUCUGCAAAUGUUGUUUGUUCUUUUUGCAAACUUUCACAGUAGAUUUAAGUUAAGUUUCAACUCCCUGCUCUGUGAAGCAAACUUGCAAUAAUCGUAAUGUUUUUUCUUCUCAGUGAAAAACUGAUAACUGAAAAACUAUUAUUAAAUAAAAUGUUGAAUGCACACAAAAGUUGGCCCUGGUUGUAUUUGGAGGCUGUUGCUCUAUUUGUCGGAGUUAUUAUUUUGUCAGCUUUUCGUGAGUUUUUCGACAUUCCAGAAACGUACUUUUCGAGCAAAAGAAAUAUUUUAAACCAAUAUUUUGUGAAGUUUGGAUGGGCGUGGACAUUGGCCCUCUCAGCACUAUACGUACUCACUGGGACAGUGAAUUAUUACAAACAAUACAAGCGGAAACUUUUCAAUGCACUUGCUCGAAGCGUCAUACUUACCCUCUUUUGGUUUCUAUUUACCAUCACUCUGUUUGGAGCUGUAAGUAGAAUUACUUACCCAGACUGUGUUAAUAAUGACGGUAAAAUAAUAGAAAAUGUCACGGAUGAGCGAUCAUGCAUGAAAUUGGCGGGAAAGCAUUACUGGAUUGGUUUUGAUAUUUCGGGACAUGCUUUUAUUUUAACCCUUACGAUACUGAUGAUAUCUUCAGAACUACAAAAGCAAUAUUGGAAAACACCAGAGAGAUCAGAGGGUUAUGUUGGGUUACAUUCAAAAGCUGCAAUGGACAUUUUAUUGCCAUUUUUUUAUGGAUUAAACCUCGUUUUAAUCUUUAUUUGGGGUAUUUCUUUAAUAGCCACCUGUCUUUAUUUCCAUGUAUUUCUAAGUAAAAUGCUUGGGGCAGGGUUUGGGAUAUUCUCAUGGUGGAUUUGCUAUUUUAAAAUCUUCCCCUUUCUAUCUAUCUCGUUAAGCGAUGAAAAUGGAACUAACCCUGACUCACAAAACUCGGAUCCUCUUUUAGCUGAGAAGAUUACUGAAGCAGAGUCUGAGUCAAAUUCAAAGAAAAAAUUAUGCUGAUUGAGGGGCUGGUUUAAAUAGGUUAUUAUCUCCUUCCCACUGAUUUUGUUUUUUUUGAUUUUGUUAGCUAAAAAAUAGACAAUAAAGUAUAAUUGAGUCAGAGUUUAAAGAGGACAAUCGUAACCUUUACUUUAAGAUAAUAUUAUAAAAAUGGAAAUAUUUUUAAGGUUUUCUUACGUACUAUAAAUGGAAUGAAUUAGUAAAUUUUAUGAUUAAAGACGAUAUUUCUUCAUUUUAUGAUUUAUUCUAUGAUUUCAAGUAUUUUGUUUCUUACAGUUUUAUUGUGCAGAUGUUGAAAUAACUCUGUCAUGCCAGAAGAAUUUGGUUUGAACAAAAUUUGGAAUUAAUAAUGCCUAUAAAAGAGAUGAUGAUAAGAUAUAUCUAAAGUGUUUGAAGCUAUGAAAAUCACAAUGUAGAAAGCUUUUUUUUUGUUCCAAAGGGGAGGCCACAUAAUUGGAUGUCUUGUAUCAAUUUCUAUUUUGGGAAUGGCGAAAUGCCACUCAACCAUCAAAUCCUGAUAUAUACCAGAAGGUCAUUAAGAUAAGACAAGUUCUGGAGGAAUCUCACUGCUUUGAAUACCAUUUGACCUUUCACUGUUUUUGUUGGUCUAUCAUGUUGCAUUAGAUACGAAAACUAUAGAUUUUUAAUAUAUAAAAUAUUCAAGUUUUUCCAAUUAUUCAAGGGCACAUGACAAAUUUAUUUCACUUGGGAUUUUCAAUUCACCUUGUCCGAUGUUGCAUAUUAAGUAAUAAAUAAAGGGGGCGGAAAAAAGUCAAUUUCAUAUUUCAAUGCGUUCAAUUUUAGUUUAAAAUUUGUAUUGUAAGCAUAUAAAUACCUUCAAUAUUUUUCGAAUUGCUUUUAAUUCUUAGGUAUCCCCUACCUGUUUUAUGGGUGCUCCCGUAGUAUGCGCAUCAAGAUGUCACACAACCUGAACCCUAACCGGGUACACAACGUGAGUUCCCCCCCCCCCCCCUUCCGUCAAUUUUUAACUUGGAAUUUGCAUUUGAAAAUGAGCAUUGUACACAUAAAAAUCCAUCGAUUUUUCUAAUAUAUUUUUUAAUUAAGUAAUCAGAACACUCCCUGCAUACCACACUGUUUAAUAAUAAAUGUUUAAUUUGAUGUUUUUCCAG